GCCAUGAGCAGGGCGCUCUCGGAGCCCAUCGGCAGUAGUUUCAGAGAAGAUGCACCUCGUCCUCCUGUCCCAGGGGAAGAGGGUGAGGCAUCAUGUCACAGUUCUUCCAAAUAUCUGAAAAUGAGACCUCUAAACAAGGCUAAAACCGCCGCGGUCGCACUCCCCGGCAGCACGCCGAGGAGAAAUGAAGAUGGGUUAGGGGAACCUGAGGGGAGUGCCUCCCCGGACUCCCCGCUUGCCCGGUGGACGAAGUCUUUGCAUUUUCUCCUUGGUGACCAGGAUGGUGCUCAUCUUUUCAGGACAUUCUUAGAGCGGGAGAAAUGUGUCGACACUUUAGACUUCUGGUUCGCCUGCAAUGGGUUCAGACAAAUGGACCUCAAGGAUUCAAAAACGCAAAGAGUUGCCAAAGCUAUUUACAAAAGGUACAUCGAGAACAACAGCAUCGUUGCCAAGCAGUUAAAGCCUGCGACAAAGACAUACAUAAGGGAUAGUAUUAAGAAGCAACAGAUUGACUCGGCGAUGUUCGACCAAGCACAAACUGAGAUUCAGUCUACUAUGGAGGAGAAUGCUUACCAGAUGUUUUUGACUUCUGACAUAUACCUCGAAUACGUUCGCACUGGUUGCGAGAAUGCCGCUUAUGUAAACCACAGCGGUCUGGGGAGCCUCAAGCUAAUGUGUGGCUAUCUUCCUCCCUUGAUUGAGGACAAGGAAUGGAGUUGCAAUGACUUGAAGGCUAAAGCACUGGCAACAGUCGUUGGAUUAUCGUCAAAAACGCUGCGCGCGACAGUAUCCAUGAGGACCACUGAUAUGUUGGAGCUUGGAUACAGGUCUCAGAGACGAGGGGACCCCGCGAGCCCAUACUUUGUUAAUUCAGGCCACGUCUUUGCCCCUGCCAGCAGUGCCAACGACAGCGAGAUCUCCAGCGAUGCGACGACCGACGACUCCAUGUCGAUGACUGACAGCAGCGUAGACGGGAUCCCGCCAUACAAGCUGGGCUCAAAGAAACUACUACAGUGGGAGAUGCACCGAAGUGUCAAGAUCAACGGACAAGUCUCACUACCCCACUUCCCUAGGACACACCGGUUGCCAAGGGAGAUGACCCCUGUGGAGCCAUCUGCCUUUGCAGCUCAGCUUAUUUCCCGACUGGAGAAGCUGAAGAGAGAGCAGGAGACGCUGAGUUCUCUGGAGGAGCGACUGCAGCAGAUUCAGGAGGAGGAAGAGCGGGAUGAUGGUGACAUUCCUGGCAGUGGCCACCUCCACCCCCCUCCCUCUCUGGGCCUUCUUUCCUCUGGGCCGUGUGAGGAAGACCCCCAGGCCAUCCUGGAUGAGCACCUCUCUCGUGUCCUCAAGACCCCCGGCUGCCAGUCGCCCGGCGUGCCCCGCUACUCUCCCCGUUCCCGAUCCCCGGACCAUCACCAGGGACCACCCAGUAACCUCUUCCCGGGCAACCCCUGCCCCACCACGGGCAAGACGCCUCCGGCCCUGGUCCGCCCCGCCACCAAACACAUACACCACCACUACAUCCACCAUCACCACGCCGGCUCGCCCAAGAGCAAGGAGCAGAUCGAGGCGGAAGCGGCACAUCGCGUCUCACAGUGUCUGGCUCCUGGAGGAGCCGACUACUCCUUCCAUCGCUGUCACAGCCCAGCUGAGUUCACUCCAGGGCAUUCGGGUGUGUUGUCCAAGCGACCCAGUAAAGCGAGCGAUGGUGUUAGCAUGUGCCAAAUGAAUGGAGACACUGACACCUCCCCGCAGUUGCCCACUGACGGCACUGACCGCUCUCAGAACGUGUGGCAGUGGAUUUUGGAGAGUGAGAGACAGAACAGACACAAGCCACACAGCACUCAAGGGCCAAAGAAGUCUCACACCCUGGAGUCCUCCAAGACCCUCUCCAGUCGAACGCCAACGUGGGGAGGCGGCGGCGUUGGCAGUAACCUACGUGGGCAUCACCCAGGCCACCCGUUCAUCCAAGACCCGGCCAUGCCCCCUCUGCCCCCACCCAACACCCUCGCCCAGCUGGAGGAGGCCUGCCGACGCCUGGAGGAAGUCUCCAAACCCCCAAAACAGAGGCAUUCCACAUCCAGCCUCCAAAGAGACAGAGGUCACCCAUUACCUUUCACAAAUGGAAGUACACCUCUCUCCAGUCCAGGGCUUCAAACCGACGAAUGGAAAGAGGUAAAGAAACAGAAUGGCCCUCACUGCGGCGGAUCCUCGGGCUCGGAUCUGGUCGUCACGUACUUCUUCUGCGGAGAAGAGAUCCCCUACCGACGGCUGAUGAAGGCACACAGCCUAACCCUGGGCCAUUUCAAAGAACAACUCCGCAAGAAAGGCAACUACAGGUACUACUUCAAAAAGGCCAGUGAUGAGUUCGAGUGUGGAGCUGUGUUCGAGGAAGUUUGGGAAGACUGCACCGUGCUGCCCAUGUACGAGGGCAAAGUUCUGGGCAAAGUGGAGCGCAUGGACUGA